AUGGAAGCAGAAGUAGCGCAGUCGCGGUGGGUCAGUGUGACCCAUGCUUCGAUGACGGCCCGAAUCGGGAGCGAGGAGGCUGGUGCGGGUGGCGCGGUGUGGCAGUGGCUCAAGCCCGAGGUGGUGAGCAAAAAGGCGGCCCCUGGUGGCGGGGGUGGUACCACACGCGCCCAGGAGCUGGACGCCUGGCGCUCCACUCGCCGGGCCGACGCUGGGGUCAAGGGCACUCCACCCUCCGUGCGUAUGGCCCACACGGCCUCCGCGCUCGGCACCAGCGGCUCGGAGGUGCUUGUGUUCGGCGGCCUUUCCGACACCCAUAGGACUCUCCGCGAUGCCUUCCUCCUCAACACAAAGACGUGGGAGUGGACGAGUGUGGAGCCGGCGUCGGAGCAGUGUCCGGCGGCGAGGGCGUACCACACGGCGUCCGUGAUCUCGGGCAACAGAACUGUAGACCUGGAGCUGAACGCUGUGGACGUGUUCGACUUGACCACCAAGACGUGGACCUCUGUGGCGACGACCGUGAGCCCACGCAAGCAGCCGGACUCGCGAGCCGCCGAGGCGACACCGCAAGCGGACGACUUUCCACAACGCCGUUCUGGUCAUGCGGCGGUGGUGCUCAAGGGCGACCGUAUUCUCAUUUCCGGAGGAACCAACAAGACCAUGGUCCAGGACCGCUGCUUUUGGGUGCUCCACACCAGCACCGACCCCAAAAAACCGUGGCGAUGGGAGGCCAUCGACGUUGGCACGCAGUACCCAGAGCCGCGAUUCGGUCACACGCUGGUGUCGGUCAACGACACGUCGGUGCUGCUCUUCGGCGGCAAGGACUACAAGUACACCUUCGAUGACGUCCGACUCAUUUCCCCUGACUUCAAGGAAAUGGACUUCCUCGAGCCAGCCGCGGACAGCUUUCCCGUCCCGAGUCUGUUUGGCCACAGCGCACAGCAGGUCGGUUCGCAAAUGGUGGUCAUCGGCGGCAAAGCCUUCAACUCGAGUUCGACCGAGAUCUACGUCUUCGAUCUGCACCACCGCACGUGGAAGCGGCAGGCGACGAGCGCCAACCCGGAAAACUAUCUGCCGCGGUACUACCACGCCUGCUGCGUGUUCGGCGGCAACAAGAUUCUCAUGUUCGGCGGGUACGACCUGGACUGGGGCUGCCAGAACGACAUGGCCAUUCUCGAGACCGGCAUCGUGACCAGCGGGCUCGUCACCGAUCUCAGCCGCCUCUUGAAGCAGGGCACGCUCAGCGAUAUGACCAUCCGCGUCCGCUCGUCAUCGCCGGCACAGGACCACCAAAUCGCGGCCCAUCGGGCGCUCGUAGCGGCGCGUUGCCCUUCGCUGUUCGAACUGGCCUCGUCAGGGCCUCACGAUGAGCGCGGCUGCGUGGUCGAUGUGGAGGGCGACCCCGAGGCGUGGACCCACUUCGUGCACUUCCUCUACACGGGCCUCUUUGCCGAUCGAAGCGGCGACGACGCGGCCUUUGCGGAGGAGUGCGGCCGCAGCCAGGUCAAGAAGAGCCUCACGACCGACGACACCGAAGUGGUCGCGCAGCUGCUGGACAUCAACGCACGCCACCCGGUGGUCGGGCUGGCCGACCUGCUGGUGGAGUCGAAGGGCGGGGCGCCGCGUCGGGUGCUGCCCGAGCGGGAGGUCAUCCACAGCGAGACCCUGCCGCCCCUGGUCAACGCCCUCCACGACAUGCUCAAGCAGGAGCGGCAGCAGAAGCAACAAAAGGCGAAGCUGCAGGACAUCACCCUCAAGUUGCAGCAGAACGGCGGAGACGCGCCCGCUCGAUCGGCGCAUCGCUUCAUGCUCGCCGCCAGGAGUGAGUAUUUCAGGGCGAUGCUGCGCUUCGAUGGCCAUGAGUCCAACGAGGAGGUCCGACUGCUGGAGCUCAGCGAGAACGUGUCCCCCCAGGCCCUCGACGUCAUCCUCGCCUUCCUCUACACCGAUCGGGUGGAUGUGGGCCACCUGGAGGUGGACGAGGCGCUCGAGCUGGUGGGUGUGGCCAACGAGUACCUCCUGGGCGAGCUCAAGCUGUUCGUCGAGCGGUUCGUGAUCUCGAGCAAGGCCGUCGACGAGGAGAACGUGUUCUUCGUGCUCGACACCAGCGAGCACUUUGACGCCCACGAGCUGCGCUACCACUGCGUGGGCCUGCUCGCCCAGAGUACCAACACCAGCGCCGAGUUCAACCAGCAGCUCGCCGCCCUGCCCCCGCACCUCCAGGCAGCCAUACGCGAACGCCAGGACUGA